GCACGCCUCGCGACUACUUCAAUGAGAUACGCCGACGCAGCACCUCCUUCCCGACGCUCAAGGGCGAUUUCUUCGUCUAUUCGGAUAUCUUCUCAGAGGGUCGCCCCGCCUACUGGUCUGGUUACUAUACCACACGUCCAUUCUAUAAGCUACUUAGCGCUGAUUUGGAGCACAAUUUACGCGCAGCCGAAAUACUCUUCACCAUCGCUUACAAUACCGCCCGCCAGCAGCAUCAUGUCAAUGCUAUAAAAAUAUUUGAAAAAAAUUACGAAAAGAUGAUACAUGCGCGUCGCAAUCUGGGUCUCUUUCAGCAUCAUGAUGCCAUCACGGGCACUUCAAAGGCCGCAGUGAUGCGCGAUUAUGGCAUGCGCUUGUUCGAAAGCAUACAAGAUGCGGUGAAGAUGCAAGAAUCCAGUAUUGAAAUGCUCUUGCAGGAUGGCAGCGAGCGACACAAUUUCCUGCUGAGCGAAUUGGAACGCGAUAAUUUCAGUAAAUUGCCACGUAAAACGCCAAUACCGCUGAGUGGCAAUGGUAUUGUUGAAGAGUUUGAUGAUUUGAAUUCGAAUGCUGGUGGCACUGCAUCCUUUGUGAUCUUUAACGCCUUAGCACAAAAACGCUUGGAAGUGAUUACGCUACGCUCACCUGUGCCGAAUGUAAAAGUGUUGAAUGAGCUCGGCGAAGAGAUGCGUUUGAUGCAAAUCAACCCAGUUUGGAAUAUAACUGAUGCCUAUGAGAUGGGGCUGGGCGGUGGUGUGGGCGCCAACAGCGGCAUGGGACGCAUACGUGUUUCCAGUCGUCAGUAUGAAGUGAUGUUCAUUGCCGAAUUAGAUGCGCUCACACUUGCUACUUACACACUUGUGGUGGUGGACGAAAAGCAUUUCACUCAACCAACAAUGGCUACGAUUUAUUGUGAUGGUUGUACCGAUAACUCAGCAGCGUCAGCGCCGCCAAAUACAAGCACAGACUUUGUAAUCAGAGCAAAACCGUCGGGUGAUAUUCAACUCGAAAACAAUUUCAUGCGUUUACUUUUCGAUGAAAAGAGCGGCUUUCUUAAGACAGUCACACGCAAAGGCCAGAAUGAGCAGGUCCUACGUCCCAUGCAAUGCGCUAUUAAAUUUGCGGCCUAUCGCAGCGCACAAUUUCAUUCAGGCGCUUAUCUUUUCAAGACCGAUCCUGAACAGAAUGAAGCUGAAAAGGAUGUGCUCGAUCAGUACGAGGAUGUGCGUAUUAUCAUCUCUGCGGGUCCCAUCGCCAGCGAUGUUACUGUCAUCUAUGGUCCAUUCUUGGCGCAUACUGUGCGCAUUUUCAAUACGCAUACCCACCUGGAUGCAGCCGUGUAUAUUGAGAAUGAUAUAGAUUUUGAGCCACCACCGAAGAAUCGCGAAACAGAGUUAUUUAUGCGUUUCGUCACUGAUGUCGAUAAUAUUAUAACGGUGAAGCGUGACGAUGUGCUGAAGGAAGCGGACACUGUGGCCGAAUUGCCGGUGUUCUAUAGCGAUCAAAAUGGUUUCCAAUAUCACAAACGUAUCAAAGUACCCGCAAUUGGCAUUGAGGGCAACUACUUCCCCAUCACAAGCGGCGCCUUCAUACAGGACUCACACGUACGCUUCACCUUACUUACCACGCAUGCGCAAGGAGCUGCCUCCUAUGAGCCCGGUCAGCUGGAAGUGAUGCUCGAUCGCCGUACACUGUACGAUGAUUAUCGCGGCAUGGGUGAAGGUAUUGUCGAUAGUCGACUGACACGACAUAAAUUUUGGGUACUCAUUGAAGAUAUGCCAACGAAAAAUGAAAACACCUACCAAAUACCCAGUUUAUUGGCCAAUCAACUUGCCAAUGGGCUACGUUAUCCACCGAAUUUAUACUUUGUCGAGACAUUCGAUGCACCAGCNCGCGAUGCGCUGCCAUGUGAUGUGCAUUUGCUUAAUUUGCGUACACUCUCCGAGGAGCAACUGCAGCUCUUUCCAUCUGCGUCAGCGUUGAUGGUGUUACAGCGACAGGGCUACGAUUGUGCUGUUGGGCAAAAUAUCGAUAUAUCGCGUGUAUGUGAUGCAUCGGCGAGCGGCCUGGGCCAGUUGGGUUUCAAUAGGUUGCACAUUGCGCGACUGGAAACGACAAGUUUAACUGGCAUGCUGCGUGAGGGUGAACGCAAGCGUUUGAAUUCGUUUGCAGAGAUAUUGCUGAAUCCCAUGGAGUUGCGCACAUUUAAUGUGACGUUUAAAUUUUGAAUUAAGAAUUAGUUGAAUGUUUGGUAUGGAAUGUGUGUGUUGUGUUUUUUUUUUUUUUGUUAAUGAAUGCAUGGGUGAAUGUGGGAGAGGAGUAGUCAUGGCGACUAUUUGCUUGAUUUUUAAAAAAUUAUAUUGUGACUAUUAUAUGUAUUUAGAUUAUAUAGGUGUGUAUUUUGUAUGCUUUUGUAACUAUUUAUUUAAAUUAUUGUGUAUGCCUGCGUGUAAUUAGUUGUAUUAUUAUAAUUCACUGUCAUAUCCCUG